UGGUAAUAGUUUGAAGCUUAGUGCAUAAUUGCCAACGCAGUUCAUUGCAGGCGAAUUAAGUAAUUCCAGCGUUCAGAUUCAGAUGCUGACAUUGGUGAUGCUGUCAGGCCGGCGACCGAUGACAGUUAAACAUCUGGCCACUAUCCGCGCACUUUGGACACCGGGUCUGAUCUGCUUUAAUGGUGGCAAGCAGUUGCCUGCUGCUCCCUCUGGUGGCGGCGACCCUUUCAAAGCUUGUGGAGUCAGCUCCUGCAGUCCUCCACAUUUUAGAUGCUGCUUCUUUUCCGUCUCGACUCUUGGAGCCCAUUUUUCUGUACUUCUUGCCGUGGUCGCUCACUUCGGCAGUCGACGUUCGUCGGUCGGACACUUGGUUGGUAGGUCAUCCGAUGUUUGCUAGCUGUCGAGCCUCAUUCGGCACUCACCAGCAGUUAUUCGUUCAUUUUCGUUCUCUCUACUCCCACUUCGUCGUCUUUAACGUCGUUGUCGUCUGCGUUUUCCCCAACCGACACCGGAGCGACUUUCUCUCCUCGCCUUUCUUCCGUUCCUCUGCUCUCUCUUCCUAGCAGCGGCGGCCACAUCGGCAGCAGCAGCAGCAAGCGCCGCUGCCGCCACCGCCGCCGCCGCGCCACUACCACCAUCGCCAGCAGCAGGCGGCCGCCAUCCAGCCAGGCAGCAGGCAGGCAGGCAGACAGGAAGACCAAGCAAGCCAUAGAGGCAAGCGACGGACCCGCUCGUAUCGCCAUAGUAAGCAAGCACUGCUGCCUGUAGUGAGUGAGCUGUGCUGUGUACGGGCAACGAGCAGUGGACUGCCCGGCGCAACAGAGCCAGGCAACGCAACCCGUCGUCCGACGUCGCGAGCGGCGGUUAGUCGUCAACUACCAGCGGUUGUACACGCUGACUGACGCCGACAUUAACUGUGAGUGAGUGUGCGAGUCGUAACGUGUGUGUGAGAAGAGACUCGUUAGUUGAAUCAGCAGCGCGCUGUUGGUUCCCGUCACUAACCGCUGGUCUUUAUUGCGUUCUUCGUUGUCUCUAACUGGCUGGAAACAGCGGCAGGAACGACGGUAGCUGUGACUGCUACUGCUGCUGCUGCUGCUGUUGGAUCUGAUCGACCCAAGCAAUCGAAUUGGACCCCAUCGACAGAAGGACGAACGCACGGAGGUGAAAACAGACAGACAUCGACAAACUGACCGUGCGAAAUCGCGUAUCAAAUAGCCAGUGUGAUCCAGCUAGCUACUCAACUACAGUAGCAGAUUGAAAGUCGGUGUGAGUGGGGUGCUUGUAGUUCGUCUGAUUAAACGAGCUAACGAAGAAGCGAGUCCGCGCCGCUGUUCGUGGGCUGAAGCAGACGUCAACCGUGCUCUUUGUCGUCCACGGCUGACACAAACAGAUCAUUGUCAGUGAGUACGAGGGGCUGCAAUAUCGGUGCUACAUCGGCUAACCAUACCUUACCAUCUCACAACCAAUCCGUAGCUGAGCUACGAUAGUUGCUAUUGUUAUUGGCGUCAGAGCAUCUUUUGCCAAGCAAGCUAGUAAUCGCGUCGCAGUCCGGAGCAAGUAAAGUUUCCCAGUCAAAAGAUCGAAGUCUACUGAAGGUGAGCGAAGUUGUAGUGACCGGUACUUCUAGGAAAACAGACACAGGGGAGAAACAUAGGGCCAGAGCUGUCUACCAUCUAACAAUAGCAGUGGUCAUCAACGUGAAUCUAGUCUGGUGUCUAGCUUCUCCGGUAGCAACUUGGUGUACUUGAUCGCCUUCCGUAGUACUUCUACUGUUACUACUACGACGAUUACCGCAGUGUGUGUGGUGCUAAUGGAAGUUCCCUUCAUAUAUAUCUAGUGUCUUGGAUCAAGUGAAGGCGGGCAAAAGUGUGGUUGCGUGAAUAUCGAGUUGGAAUACGCUGCUCGAACUGCAGAGGGCAAUUAUUGCCCACGGCACACAUCACCAUGCUACCCGAGUUAGCUAACCCAUCGUGAUACUCACCGACAGCAAUUUAGCUAGCGGGAAGCUUACAGACGUUUUGCGCCUAGGCUGGCGUUAAUCGAAGCCCCUGUUCAAGUGCUGAAAACCUGCUCGAGUUAGCGUGACCAAUAGCCGUACGAAAAGUAAGGCAGGUAUAAGCUCGGGUAUAGAAGCAGCCCCACGCGCCACACCGAAAUAUUAACAACGUCACCAUCACACAGUCUGCUAAGAAACGCAGCCUUUAUUGGAUAUAUAUAGAUAUAUAUAUAUAUAUAUAUAUAUAUACGGAAACGUAUUUCUCGGUUUGGAUUACCUGAACCCCAUCACAUUCUUUCCUAACAGCUUACAUUUUCAUCCCUACUGAGGAUCAGCCAUAUAUACUUAACUUUUCAGUGUAGUUACCACUACCGUUGGUUAAGGUCGAGACGGCCAGUAAUAAACGUUUACGGAUACCGUGUGUACUAGCAACAACCAAAGAGGGACACCCACGCUUAUCGGCCACAACUGCCGCAACGACACAACUUGAUUGUGGUAUAUAUCUAUCCAGUCAACAGGAGCAUCGGAAAUACGGCUGAAUUAUGAAGACGAGGGCGGCAGCGAUCUUCACACUGCUUGGCAGUAUCGUUUUUUCACAGGCUGUUGAGAUGGGCCAAUCGGGUUAUCAUGCACUCAUAAUGGAGAAUACCCGAUCUGUGACCGUGAUGCCUCCACUGUCUGUAAGCUCGGGACAGGCAUGUUCGUUUGAACUGGGUUGGGAACGAUCCUCGGGUCGGGAGGAUGACCCACCUUUUGCCGUCGACGAUAAGGAACCUCAAGAGCCAAAAAUUGUUCCCACUAGAGAGCCAAAUUGCGAGUUGCAACGGUAUUAUCGGCUGCAACUUCUCGCUUACGAUUGUGAACCCAGCAAACCCGUUGGAAAUGCCACGGUACACAUCACAGUCGAAGACGAAAACGAAUUCGAGCCUGAGUUCACUGAAGGCGCUUAUCAGGCAACGGCUCGCGAAAAUCACAUGCACACAUCGCCACCAAUCCUGCAGGUCACGGCGCACGACAAGGAUUGUACGCCGAAAAAAUCGGACAUUUGUAAGUAUGAGAUUGUCACAUCGGACGUUGGUUCUGGAAACGACCGCGACGGACCGGAGGGUGAAAAACCAGCUGAGUUGCCCUUUCAGAUUGACCCCGAAGGAAAUAUCCGCAACACUCGGCCACUUUCGUACGAGGAAAGCCAUAAUUACAUCUUUGAGGUGGUCGCGUAUGAUUGCUCGAUGAAGCCAUCAAAGCCUGUGUCGGUGUCAAUCUCCGUCCAGAAAGAAUGCCACAUGCAAUGGACCUCCAUCGCUCAACAGAUCGACUACUCGGCUGGCGGCGGUUCAGUGUCACUCUACGGAAAUGCUCAGCUUGAUACUUGCCCGUCGGAUUGUGAGGUUGACGAGAUCUACGCCAAGAUUCAGCUCGACACGAAGCACAUUGGCAAAGGAUGCGAUCGCGAUACGUAUUCGGUUCGAAGUCAAAGGAAGCUCUGCAACGCUGGAAGUAACGCCAUUAACAAUGAAGGUACCCUAACUACACUGUUGGGUGUUGACCAGGCGUCGCCGUCCAGCUCGAAGUCGGGCGCGUCGCGGGCUCCGACUCAAGAUCGCGGCAAUGAGAACUCGGCUAUCUACUUCUUCGAUGGAAAAACUAACGCCUUGCUGUUACCAAGAGACACCUUCCAUCAGACCGACACAAUGGCCGUUCAGUUCUGGAUGAAACACGAACAGAAUCUGGACAAAAAAGCGAAGGAACAUGUAGUAUGCACUUCCGAUUCUCAUAAGAUGAAUCGUCACCACUUCUCGGUGUUCCUCCAUAACUGCCAUCUCGUCUUGCUCGUUCGCAAGCACAACUCUAAUUAUCACAAACUUUUUCCGGCCGAGUUCAGAUGGCGCGUGUCGGAAGUAUGCGACUUUGAGUGGCAUCACUACACGAUCAAUCUUGCGGCCAAUGGAGGCGACCAUCAGGCAACUCUUUUCAUUGAUGGACGUCCUGCUGAACAGGCCGCCGACAUUGUCGAUGACUGGCCGAUUCACCGCAACAUUCACGUAGGAAAUGAGACUACGACGGUGGUAGGGGCUUGCUGGCAAGCAAAGCAAUCUCAUAUGGCCAUGCACUUUAAAGGCUACCUGUCGGAUCUUGUCAUCCUUAAUAAUGCUACCGAGCCUGAACCGGUAUUGAAAUGCAUGUACCACUGUAAGGAAAGCCUUGUUCGCACUAACACCGCUGGCAGUGGAUUUAGCGAUGGGAACACGAACGACUCUAACAACGGGCUUGUGAGUGGCGGCUCCGAAAGCGAAGAGGCCCUUUCCGAUGUUGAGGCACUCUCAGGAGAUUCAGUUGAGUCCAUUGAGAGGCAGAUUUCUCGUCUUGCGUACAGAAACUCACGAAGACAGCCGACGCCUGGAAACCGUCUUGUUCAGCUUAACACACAUGUCAAGUGUACAAACGGACAAAGCAAACGCCUGCCAAUGGUCGAAACAAUCAUCGCUGUAAAGGGUUCUGACAGUGGUCAGUUUGGGGACAGUGCUGAACAAACUGCCCGGGUCUCUAUUUCUAGCGAAGAGCACAACAUUGCUCGGGAGUAUGGCCCUAUUAAGGAAGGCGUCGACAUAUUCGAGACGAUCAACAUUAAGGUACAGCAGCCUGGUGAGAAUAUAGAUUCAUGUACGAUUCAGGUCUUCCCCGCCCUGAACCCCGACCACGAAACUCUUCAGGUGCCUGAGUAUGUUCUCGACAAGAUGGGUCUGUCCAUGGACGAUUCAUCGACUUCAACCAGCAGUGGACAAAAUGGCCAGAGCGGUGGGGCAGCGCAUCAAGAGAACCAGCAGAUCCGCCUCAGAGGGCCAGCACCGGCAGAGAACUUCCAGAAGGUGAUAUCCGGUAUCUCAUACUUGAACAAGAAGCCUGCCUACUACCUGAACCGAGCCUUCAAACUUCAAUGUUAUGAAAUGGCUAAUCGGUUUGCAUCAAACGAGUACAUUCAAACGCUUACAGUGAUUCAUCCUUCCGCUAUUAUCUCGGCAUCGUCAAGCGGUAACCACGGAAAUAACAACCAUGGUAGCAGCGCUAGCCCAGUCGCCGCUAAGCUUAUGCAAGACAAACAAUCGGCCCAUACCAAUGGCGGCAACAACAAACAUCACGCUGCACAGCAUCUACGAAACAAUGGAAACAAACAUUCUAAUUCAUCGUCUGUCGGCAUUGCUGGCGUAGUUGUAGCCGGGUUGAUCGUUACCGUUCUCGUAAUGCUCGCCGUUGUGCGUCGCCACCGUCGCGAACGGUCGUCCUCUGCGUCGAAUGGACAGAACGGCGGCCAGCUCGCUUGGGACGACUCAGCGCUCACCAUCACAGUUAACCCGCUCAGUUCGGAAGACUGGGAUCCGCAUAGUUGCCAUGGUAAUGGCGGGCUGGCGAACGGAUGUCAUGGAAACAUAGCUUCGCACGACAACAUGGCCGACAUGAUGGCAAUAGACGACUCCAGCGGCGAUUCAAGUUGUGCCGACAGCGAUGAUAGCGACGAUGAAGGUGCGUCGCCAGGCACUGGCAACGGUGGAAGCCACAAACACCUUGUCAACUAGACUCGUCGCAGCACACACACAUACAUGCCAGCUAGCUUUGGCCACCAUCUAAACCUAAUGUUGCCAUAGCCUUGUCAGAAAUUGCCAUCAUCCACAGAGACGUAGCUAAGUGUGGAUGUAAUCGACAACUGUUACAAAGCUGGUUCAAAUCACAGUAUGAAAAAUAGAGAAGACGACUAAAUAAACUUAGCUCUGGCGAUAUUAGCGGCCUUCCAAUGGAGUGCAAAUUAUUAAUUGAAGUGGUUUCCUUUCAGUAUAUAAAAUAUCAAAAGCAGAUGGGAAAUAAGGGCCACACUAUUCUAUAAAUAAAACUUAUAUACCAUAACCACCAAGCUACUCGACCAUAAAAACAGUUUAUUCACAGCAUAAAUGUAAACCAGAUGGCAUCCAGCAAGCGAAAAAAGUAUGAGAGCAAAACAAAAUUUGCGACCGUGGAAAAUUCAACCAUCGCACUAAAACUGGUUAGGGCAUUUGAUGUCACCUGUGUCUGUCUAUAUUCAUGGCGUUCCAUCCAAUAAAGGGAGUCUUCUACUACAAUAUAAUACAACAAUAAUACCAUUGUAAUUACAACCGUGUGGGGAGUAUAGAGCUUACCUAAGUAAACUGAUGAUGAAGCUAAAGUAAAAGCUAAAAAAGCUUAGACAGAAAGCUUACUCUAGCCACCGUAUCAUCCAUUAAACACCCAGCAGUGCGCGUGGCACUAGGGAUGGUUCUGCGGCUAUGUACUGUAUCAUACUAACAAUGCUGGUAUACUUAAAAGAUGAAGAUAUAUAAUGAUGACGGUGAUGAUAACAUAAUAAGGAUACAUAUAUGUAGGUAUAUGCUCUGAUUAUUGCGAUUGCUCGUCCACUAUUGAUCGCCAUAAUACGAAUUGUUUGUCUCCUUGGGCGUUCGGUUUAGCGAGUUGAUUUCUUCGGUGUUCGUGCACGCCAACGCGAUAUUUUUUGGUUUACCCAUUUCGUAAUGAUAUUAGUUGGCCGUUACCGUAUCGUCUGCUAGUAGAAAGAACCAAGUCAACAGCACGAAACAUGCAACAUCAUCGAGUAAAGAUUUAUUGCCAGCUGCUGCCGAAAGUGCGAGCAUGUUCGUUCAGCAGACCGUCGGCAGUUAUGUUUACUAACCUGCGGUUCGGUUGUUUCGGUUGUGGCGCUGCUGCUUUAUUAAAAUGUAAAGUGCCACUGAACAAGUCAGUUGUAUUGUGGGCGGCCGAUGGAUUUACUACUACUACUACUACUACUCUUGUCUAUAUACAUAUGUACACCUAGGUACCGGGAACAUUUCAAAUAUGAGCGAUAAAAAGAAAAACGGCCUGCGUCGUCUGCUGCAGACUAGGCCGUCAUUGUCAUGUUGUCUGCUAGGAAAUUGUCGCCAAAUACAAUUAAGUCCACGCUGUGCGUGGUUGCACGCCGAAAGAUCAUGCAAAGAUGUUCUUACCUUUCUCGGUGCCAUGGCCUCGUCAAGGGUACUCACCGAGAGAAGAAAACUAAAAACAAGUGUUCAUAAUGUCAAAGCGAUGUACCACGUGUUACCUGAGUUACAAACCAUUUACCUGUGUUAAGAAAUACUAUAGUGGUUAGUACUGCUAUUAGUAUUAUAUUAUUAUUACUACUCUUAGCCAGUCAUGUACACCUAUCUCCCAGCAACAUUCAAACGCCCGCUGACCGUACACUCCAUUCCGUUUAACGUUCCCUUAAUAUCUGACAAUUUUCCCGAUGAAACAAUACAAUAGGAGAAUUACGAUAGCUAACAAUACCAGAUGCUACACGCAAGACAUGUACGCGUUGAGAGUAACACAAACCCGGCAAUACUUGAAAUGGGCACCAAAAACCACGACGAAAAUCGUCGACCAGCCUUAGCGUAGCAAAAAAAAAAAUGACGGUUAGUGUUUUUGCCAGGUAGAACGGUCGACACCUUCGGCGCGAUGAAGUCGUCAUCAAUGAGUCUCGAUAAAUAUGGUCCGGCCCAUGAUUAAGCUCGUAUUAUCUAACGACUUAGUGGCCGGUGCAGAACUCCAAUACGUAAUAUCUUUCUUGCAAAGCAUUGUUGUUCUAAUAACACACGCAAGCGCAUCCCGCAAAGAACCAUCUAUAUAUAUUGGUUAUUACGGCUAAUGACUAAAACAAAUGAUCGUUUGCUUUGACUUCGUACGAAAGCGUUACCUAUCAUGUAUUUCGAUAACGAGUCGCUGAACGAUGCGAAGUCCACCGUAUGGCUGGCGGUAUAUAAAGGCAACAAAUGCUUCUCGAAGCUGUUUCGUUCGCAACAUCCUAGGAAAGAGCUAGAGCAAAGACGUGAGAAUCUCAAGCAUACCUAACAAUGGUGAUGCUAAUUCAAGAUACUAUUAUCAGUGACGAUAAUUACAUCAAUAAUAAUGUUAUUGAUGGCACAAGUAAUGAAUGUCAUCCUGUACGAAUAUAUCAUCAUGGGGGGUUUAGUUUAUUUUUAUAGAUAGCCAUAGGUGUAACAGUAACUAUUAACAGCGAAUGUUACACUUACACGGCAUGUUACAAUUACGCGCCGUUCUUAUACUACUAAUGCGCAAAAGAAGCGUCAAACGUGAAAUAUGUUAUUAGCAUUAUGGUAAUAAUUAUGAGUGGAAUAGCUGAUUAUUUAUAAAGGAAACACAAAAUUAAAUCUCCAUGGUAUUAUCGUUGUACUUACGUAAUUAGAAUUCAAAUAAUAGCUUCCUUGCAGAAAUUCGACGCAGCCUUACCUUGCUCUUAAUAUAGCGAGACACCGGUCAGAACAAUGAUAGUUCAUAUACCCAUACAGACAUAUGCACAACGUACUGAUGGGCUCCUCAUAAGCAAACAGCCUAAUCAAAAAGAGCUGCUAGCCUAAAAUUUAUGCCUCACAAACAACCAACUGAUGAACCGAAGGGCGAUUCUAGUAGAGGCUUGAAACAGCUAGACAGGCGAAUAUUCAAGGGAUAUUCGUGCAUGCGGUGAAAAGCGGACACAAGGACUGAUUGGCUAUUGACUCUAUACCAAGUGCAAUGAAUGCCGAUUUUCUUUGUCCCACCUAUGUAACGAAAAUAGUGAUUAUAUAUAUAUAUAUAUAUAUAUAUAUAUAUAUAUAUAUAUAUAUACAAAAAAAGUGUAGGUAACAAAACUAUACGGCAGAGGUGGGUGGACCAGAGGUCAAUUUCGAACAGAGAAAUGUGUGUGUUUUAGUUAGGUAUUAAAGUAAAUUAGGUAAAAGUAAUACUGCACUAAGGCCACAACUCCAGCAGACGAGACCAGAACUGGGGAAAAAUAAGGAGUCGGAGCAAAUAAGGUCUAUUAUAAAACAGAAGCGGUAAAAGCCAUGAUUUCAUUCCAACCACUAAUAAUUAGACCCUCCUUUAUCCUAUUAUGGACGAAGGACUUCUCUAUAAUUCCAUUCAAUUUCCUCACCAUCGGCGCCGAUUAUUACAUGCGAAUGAACUGCACACAGUCGAAUCUCGUCUCGAUGAUACCGCUGGCUUCGGGGUCGUUAUCUCUAUAGAAAAAGAAACAGAAAAGAUUAACAAGCACACUCUACUGAAUAAUAUAAAUACUACUCAUAAACCAACGAUAUUGAUAAAAACGAUAACGAUAAUACUAAUAAUGAUACAAUGAUAAUAUUACGAUGAUGAGAUGAAAAAUAGUAAACAAUUACAUAUCAUUUUUAUUUAACAUACGCAUCGGUGUGACAACUGCGAAACCACGUUAUGAUCAUGUGUCUGAAACGAACACCUCUAUUUUAAUUAUUACACCAAUGAUAGGCGCGCAAUACCGAUAGAAUUACUAGGCAGAGCACGAUGCAUGAGAAAAUCAUCAGUGACAACAACAACAACAGGAACAGUAAUAUUAAAACCACCAACAAUGUCAAGGGCAUACCUGAAUGCAGACGACCCUACAUCUGCAGACGAACUUGAGUAUAACAGGUGAGAAACGAAAGAUAACAAAAACAAACGCUAGCAGACGACGCUAAUUAACGGUACUAUCUUGCCAUUAAUCACAUAAUCGUCGCAAAAAAUUCAUUAGCAACUGAACUGAUGAUAAUGCCUGUAUCGUAUGACCAGCUCUCAAAGAUGGUUUUACCUUACUCCCCACGUUUUCGGCGUUUAUCAUUUUAGGCCAUCACCAUUAUUACCACUUCUUACUAGUCCAAUAGUACGGCGAGUUCGAUCUAUGAGAAAUUUUCAACAGGAUCCUUGCUUCGUUUCAGUGCAUCAUACUGCAAUUCUUAUUCUGGAGACUAUAAAUUUUAUUCUGUUGACGCAAUCAGUCUAAGCAGAAAGUGACUAUGGACUAGGAGCCUAUCUCUCAGGCGUAUACAUACUUCGCCACAUUGCCGGCUCUCUAAAACAAGGAUGAAAACAAAUAUCUAGUUAAUUUUUGACCAAACACUUCGAAUUGCGGAACAAAGCAUGGGCAAAAUAUCUAUACAGUAGAAUUCGGUGAACUUUGAUUGAACAUCUUGCGUAAAUCGGCGAUCCUGGCUCACAAGUAGAUACACAUUUUACACGCCAGACACGCAGUCACCCGUACACUAUCAACCAACAACAAACUAGGAGUGCAACUUAACAACAAUAAAAACAACAAGAUAAAAAUCUGCUCACCGUGCAAGCUCGUUACGACGAAAGAAUAUGCGAUAUUGGUAUUUUGUACGCUGCCCAUUCGAAUUGAAAUCGCGAAAAGAAUCAAGCAAUAUGAUUUCAGCGAUCGGGUGGCUUGAUAUCGGUCGAUAUUGGAUGACGCAGCGGCAGUGCUUUUUGAAAAAACAAAAGAACAUUUAUCAGCCCGGACAGUGGCACCCGCUCGUUUUCUUUUCAUACCAAGAAUACUGAAAAAAAUGGUAGUCGCAUUACUUAUAGAUAUCUAAACGCCUCUAAGCAUGCGUUCUCAUAGAUACUUGAUAAAAAUGAAGAAAUAUGAGAUAAAUAACGAAGAGCCGAUAAUAAUAAUAAUAAUAUAAAUAUAAUUAUAAUAAUAACAACGUGGAUCAAAAGGAAAGCAGCAAAAAGGCGCCGCGAUGGAAAAGUUAAAAAGAGUAGUCGAUAUGACAAAGAAAGGAUAUGAUGAAGAAAAUGAUUAAGUAAACCUAAUUGACAAGAUGCUAAAAAAUAUCAAUGGCAAAGAACCAACAACCCUAUUCGAUCGUAAUGGUAUUAAUAAUAAGAGUUUGUGUGGAACUGAUGACGAUAACUAUACUGAUAAUAAUAUUAAUAGUAAUAAUGAUAAAUAAAAUCAUUCGUUGUAAACAAAUAUUCUGAGUUCCCUCAAUGAAAACAUAGAUUUGCUGUCAAAUUGUUGUUUCUAAAAAAAAAAAAAACUUCCAGUUACGAGAG